CUUCAGAACACUUAAGAGCAAGUCAUCCCUGGCGCUGGAGGAAUUUUUUCUAAAGUCGCGGGACAGUAGUUUUCGAUAUUCAGCAUGAGCGAGUAUUCGGUGGUCAGUGUCACCGCAGCCAAUUUCUUAGCGUUCGUCUGCUGCUCGGCGCUUUCUUGGACUUCACCAGAAUUACCGAAACUAGUCAACUCGACGGACAGCCCAUUCUACCAUGACCUAUCCAACGAACAGCAAUCGUGGAUCGGCGCGUUUCUACCCCUCGGUGCCAUUUUUGGGCCCAUCAUUUUCGGCUAUUUGUCGGAUCGUUUCGGUCGCAAGGCCACGCUGCUCUCGAUAUCGGUACCCAUGCAGGCCUGCUUCCUGAUGCAGGCCUUCGCCAAAGAGAUCUACCUAUUCUACAUAGCCAGAUUCGUCACCGGCGUAGCCGUCGGCGGAUCUUUCACCGUCUUGCCGAUGUACAUCGCCGAAAUGUCCCUCGACCAUCAUCGGGGGGUACUAGCUGUGAGCAUGAGCGUGUUCAUCUGCAUGGGAGUGCUCUUCUGCUACGCAGUGGGCCCUUACAUGAGCAUAGUAGCGUUCAAUUGUUUAUUGGCAGCGAUAGCCGCAUCCUUCUUCGUCAUAUUCUUUAUCGUCGGCUCCGAGACACCUCAUUACCACGUCUUCAAGAACCAACACGAUCGCGCGAAGGAAGUACUGUUGCGGAUACGCGCGCAAAGCGACGAAGCGACCGAAAAGGAGCUCGACCAGAUCAAACACGUCAUCGAAAACGAGGAGAGCGCAGGCUUCGUCGAUAUAUUCACUGUCAAGGGACUGAGAAAAGCGGAAAUCAUAUCCUCGGCACUCCUAAUCUUCCAGCAAUUUUCCGGCAUAAACGCGGUACUGUUUUACUCCGAGCAAAUCUUCCAGAACGCGGGCAGCUCGUUGUCGGGCGAAUACUGCGCCAUGAUUGUCGGAGUGGUGCAGCUGAUAUCAUGCGUUCUGACGGCCUCGCUGGCUAACGUCUUCGGCAGAAGAACUCUACUCGUAUUGUCGGGUUUCGGAAUGGCCCUGGCCGAAGUUACUCUCGGGACGUACUCGUACCUCGACAAGAACGGUACCGACGUCAGUGCGAUGUCGUUUUUGCCGAUAGUGUCGCUCGUAGUGUACAUCGUCAUGUACAAUUUCGGUUUUGGUCCUAUAUCGUGGACGGUGCUCAGCGAGAUGUUUCCCACCAACGUUAGGGCUCUCGCUACUGCUUUGAACACGAGUCUAUGUUGGGUGACGAGCUUUUUCAUCACCAAAUACUUUUCGACGGUGUCGGACAGCUUCGGGAUAGGCGUGUGUUUCCUGGCCUUUUCCGUCGCUUGUUUCGCAGCAGGACUGUUCUCGUACUUCUGCGUAUUGGAAACGAAAGGGAAGUCGCUGAAGCAGAUCCAGGACGAGCUGAACAGUUAGCCCAGGAAGAGGGUUUUUUUCGAAAAAAAAAUCCCCGUCCGUUCGAUCGUUAUUUAUUCGCUAAUAUUUAUAAACGUGACGUCGUUCUUAAUGUAUUUUCUCGAGGUGAUAUCGUUUCUUUAUCGUUAUGCAAAUGGCUGUGGAGUUGUUUGAUAAGAUUCAAUCGCAGUUGUUAUUCGGUUAUGCACAAUAAAUUUGUAU